AUGUCGGGGGUGGAGGUGAUCGCGGUCGUAGCUUGUGUGGCAGCCAUCGUCUCCGCCUACAGCGAUGGAGCGAUUAUGUUUACUGCCAUAAAGAAGAAAUACCGCGAGCGCAAAUCCACUCAGAAACUAGAACGCUCGCUCGAAAGGUCGCUCGAACGGUCGCUCGAACGCGGCCAUGCUGAUAUUAAAUCUCAGUUCAACCAGUACCGUCAAGAGCUUGGCUGGCGAUAUGAGGAAGGUGACGCGAUCGCCCGAGAGCAGAUGAAAGAUAUCAUCAUCGAACUACAGGGGGCGUUGCUGAGGCAUCUCCGCGAGGUACAGGACCGGGGGACCACUCUAGAUCUCAUGGCGUUGCAGACAGAGUCCGACCGGGGCCGCAUUAAUACUUUGCUUAUUUUGAGCCGUUUAUACCAGCGGCUCUCGAGGCCGUCGCCUGUUCCGCCGUCUUUUCCGCUGCCCAUCGACCCGACCUAUCGUAUAAUGGCUUCUCAUGGCCAUGAAUAUCCCCUUCAUGGCCAGGACAGAUAUUCACUAUCCCAUUCCUCGGAGACGGGGUACAUCUCCGGCUAUCCCGUCUCACCAGCCAGUCAUUUACCAGGCCAGUUCCUACCGGACGUCGUCCCCGCCUCCCCGACGGAUAUGCUGGGGCCAUCGAGGGAAUAUGAGGCUAUGAAUCUAGGAAAUCGCCUACAUCCAUCGGGCCUUGGAUUUGCUGUGAGUAGUAUGGGCGACUUGUUCCAUCCCCGCCCAGGUCGUACAUCGUCGUUGCCAGUGUCAUCGCCCGAGCCCAUGUACAUCCCACAACCUGUGGGAUCCAACCCAGAGUCACCGUCGAUGUUGGGGCGGAUUCCGCAAGUUGAUAUCAGACCAGCCACGCCGCACAGACCCAAACCGCGACCAAGUUCGAUACCCCACGAUGUCUUGUGGGGGAACCCGUGGGAGCACGAAAGCCUCACAGACUCAACCCCAUCAAAUUCCUCCACCCGAAGCAGCACCGACGGAUCAACCCAGGCAAUCCGACCCCUCUGGCCACCCAGCGAAACGAACAACUACCUGGGCUUCUGCAAAGGGGCGUGGAAGGUGCACGUGGGAUUACGAGGAUUCAAAAUCUACUCGGAGCCUGCGGGGUAUUACACACAACAGUCAUGGUUGCGGUGCACAAAGUGUGCUUUCGAAGCACCCAUGGCCCCGAAGAGUUCUAGCAGCAACCCGCAAUUCGAGAAAAGCGUGCGUACACAUCAAGCCAGCGGUAUUCGGUAUCGAUUCGAGUUCUUGGCGAAAUCCCACGUGCCCUGUAAGCGGGACCCGGCAUCAGAUUUUACCCCUAAUACCCCCCGCGGCACGUUUUGUUGCGUCUUUUGCUGUGCGCUGGCACAAAGCUCCACACGGGUCUAUGGGAACCUUGAUAUCUUCAUGGCGCAUCUGGCGGAACAGCAUUGGACGGUUGAGAAGGGAGCGUUGGCUGUUUUGUCUAGUAUGCGGUGUGUGGUAGGUCGAGUUGCGCCUGAUUCGGAGUAUUUCGAUGUGAAUAUUGUGCCGGUGCGCGGCUGA